GAUCAUGAGUUUGGGUCUAUCGUCUUUACCCUGGGUGAUAGGAUAAAAGGACGCCCAUAAUCUCGUCAGGAAGGCAUCAAUCCACCCAGAUCACCAACAGCAGCUGCCCUAUUUAUACUAUUUAUUUAUCUUCAACUGUCCAUUGCAUUCGCACUCACUUAAUCCCGAUCUAUUCUCACAUUCGAGUAACGCUCAGUCAUUCAUUUGUUGUUUAACUUAAUAUCAACCUAAAAUGCAUCUAGCUUCAUUCAUCAUUCUCAGCUUGAGCUUUUACUAUGCUCAAGCCGACUCGAACACUUCCAUGUCAGGCCCUCAACUCAAGCCUAUGCAGUGCACCAACAUUUACUUGACUUUGUCGGAACGUGACAUAGCCGAAAUGCAAAGCAAGGGUGGUCUCAAUCCAAGCCAACGGGCCAAAUUGUCCACCAACCCAGUCGAGGCCGUCUGCAAAAGCAGUGCCGCGGGUGACAAUGGGGGUUUGUGCGACUUCAAGACUUGCUCCGGGAAACCUGCGGUUUGUGGUACCUGCUACCCAGUUACAAUGAAAGAAGGCAAACUAGUGAGAACUUCUGAAACAUCUGUUGAGAAAGUAGAAUGUGGUAAGAACUACUUCUUGAAGACAGAGAAGGACCACAAUGUUUGCACUGCUUAUGAUAACAAGAUGUACAGCUGCACUGGGGAAUGCAAGGCUUCAAUUGAAUGUCAGUCUUGUGUUGGUUUGGAUGACCCAGCCUUCAAGAAGGCAUCCUAGAUGAUAUAUCUGUUUCACUCUUUGGUUUCUGCUUGUUUUUUCUUGGUUAUCUGGCAAUAUGUUUGAAUUGAAUGUAUCAUCAUGUCAGUAGUUUUACAACUACUGCAUGGAAAAUACUUCUUUUUCCCAUAAUAGAAUUUCUUUAUCAAUAUCUAUCAGAUAGUGGAUGACUUCCCGACAACAUCUGUGGGUCUCCCAGUUUCCAUUUAGAGCCAAAAAAGUUAGAUUUCCCUGAAAAAAUCUAGAAUUUUUGGGUCUAAAUCAAAAACUGCAAGGGUCCCAGAUCCGAUGGGAAGUCCUCCAGUAGAUCCCUUAAAGAAACUGAAUUGACUGAUUUGAAUUCAAUUCAAUACCAAUCUGAAUGCAUGUUUUCUAAGUCCUC